AUGGAAAGCAAAGUUGAACGGCCAACAACACCGGGAACGAGAAGCGAAGCUGGCGAGAAACGAUCAGGCGAUUUUGAAGAUGUUGUUCCUAGAAAGAAGCGGCGAAGAUGCGGUGCUUGUGAGCCUUGUUUGAGAAAAGUAAAUUGCGGGGACUGCAGCAAUUGUGUCAAUAGAAAAACUGGUCAUCAGAUAUGCAAGUUCCGUAAAUGUAUUGAACUGAGAAAGGUGCGAAUAUUUGAACGAACGUUAACGAUUUGGAACAGGGAUUGAUAUAACUCACGCAUUUAUUCCCUGCGUUGUGCUAACGAAGUUUUCGCUUGAAAAUACUCAAGGGUGUGAUUUCAUUUUGGUUUUGCAGAAAACGACAAGCAACGUUGGCAAACGCGAAGGGGCUCAGCUGCGAACGGCUUUGAACGAGGACGACGUAGGUGACAAAUCGCGUCUCGUGAGCUGCGAAGUCGUCGAACCCGAUAAGGUAAAGAAGUAUGAUCUCGACUCACAGAAGUAAGCAUCCGCUCAUAUUUUUCGAGUUUAAACAAAAUUUUUCAUUCCUGACCACAGGGAUAUUUCUUUAAUUUCUGCCGGGUAUUAUUAGCAAAGUAAUUUUGAUGCGCGCGUCUUUGGCUAAUAUUCACUCCUUAUUGUUGUGGUUUGCGUUUUCUCUCAAAGCGAGCUGUCGGUGAAGGUGGCGAGAGACAGAUUAUCAACGAUUCCGUUCAAGGCGAGUGUAAACCGCAAAAACCGGAGUCGCCAGAGGCAAUUCAUGCGCAAGAAGGCACUGAAGUUGCUCAGCUGCAAAACACAGAAAUCAGCGCUACCGACGAACUCCCUAAAGACCCUCACGAGAAUAAAACAGCAAGCGGUGAUGUCCACUCCAGUCGUUCAACCGAGCCGGGCGCUGAAAAGCCUUUGACGAACUGCAAGGUAGCGGUUUCCCGCAGUGAAAGCGAUUUUGAACCCCCUCCGUGCAACUGCCCAGGUAUUUACAUAUUUUUUUCUGCAUGUAUUCAUAUUCAAAUGUACGAUCCAGCCGGCUUGAAUAAUCUAACCGCUAACUGCCGACUCGAACGCGAUCUAAUUUGCUUGAUCUCUUUUUUUUUUUUACAUGCCGCGCGUAUUUCAUUUUUGUUUCGGCCUUUGUAGAUAGCGUGAUAUGUGCAGACUGGCUUUGUUUGACGGUUUAAAUAAACCUAAUUGGGGAUUAAGCCGGGUUGCUUGGAAUAAAAUUUAUUAAAGUGUAUCCGCGCGGUUAGGUCUCAGCGUUUUGUUGACAUUAGCGCUAAAUUACAGCGGAAACUUUUAAGCUCGAGCCACGUUGAAAUAAAUUAGUAGCGCACACGAAAAAAUUACGGUAAACGUUAAAGAGGUUUUCUUAUCAAAUUUUUCAUCAGCAUCUCGUUACGAUAGCGAUCAACGUUUGUUUAUAUGUGUCUCAGUUGGCCGUCAAAACAGCAGUUGUUCCAUCUGCGCUAAGCGUACUUUGUCCAUUCAGCGGCGAGAUUUCGUGUUAAUGCCUAAUCUGCCUAAACGACACGCUCCCCUGAGCUCUUGCGAAAGUUUUAAUUCACGUUAUCGGCCUAAAUCAUUAAAUCAUCAAAGACGCAACGUGAACUGAACUACCGCAGGAAUAAAUAUGUAAAUGAAACAAAGCGAAAUCGCGUCUGCGAUUGGUAAUGGUUUCUAAAGUGCAGCAUCAAGAAGUUGAAAGUUGUCGGUUUCUCUGACCAGCUAUUGUUAGUUUCUAAAUGAUAGAUGAGUGCUUCUCUCGACAAGUCUGGCAGCAGAUAUCGCGCCUCGGCGCAUUUUUGAUUUACGAAACAAUAGGAAUUAACAGGUCCACGCUGAAAGAUGUCUGAUUGGGUAAUUGUAAAAAAUAAAGAAAAGAAGAAAAAAAAAAAGCCAAAAUCACGAUAUUUAAAAUGCACGGAAUUUAACUCGCAGUUGAGCUGGAUAUUGUUUUGAAGUUUUGGUGGGGGUUGCGGAAAAAGUCUUGAAAAUUAACACCGGAAGCUCCGUUUGUACCAUUCGGUCUUUCCGUUGUAAAGAUUUCGCUCUAAGCUUCUAAUUUUCCUUGUUUCUUCAAAAGAUUUUUUUAACUCUUAGACGUCAUUUAUCAAGCUCUUUUCAUCGCUACGAGAUUUUUCUUAAGGAGGAUUGCUGUCUAAUCGUGGUUUAAGAUUGCAGAAAGAAAACAUCCGAACAUCACUUCUAAAAAUCUUUUUGUUUGCGAAGGAGCUCAGCAGAAAUUUAAAUCGUUAAUCGUUGCUUUCUGCAGUUAAAAAGCAUAAAUUUUCUUUGCAUUCAGUCGGCAAUCAUUAAGCACUGUUGGAGCCUAUAUUACUUUGCUGUAUAAACAAAUCAGCCUUUAGACAAACAGGGUUUCAGCUGAUUCUACAAAAACAACGAUAAAUCUCCUUGCACAGUAAGAGAUCCGUGCAUUGUGGUGCAAGUUUGAAACCUGCUGUUUUUGAUAAACACGUUGAUGGAUUUUUGUAGCGUAAUUAAUGAAUCUGUGCAAAUCAAGGCAAGAAUAUAAUUUUUUAUUUCGGGAAAUUUUCCAGUAAUUCUAAGGUAGAGGUAGGUUAGGGUCUGUCUGUCUGUCUGUCCUAAUUUUUGCGGUGUUAAGCCUUGAAAAUUCAGCUUUAUCAUGGAUGGAAUUAGACAAAUGAAGUUGUGUGAAUAGAAAACCACUGGACAUUAGUGGUUUUGAUAACAAAAUGGGCAGGUUUUAUAGCGAUGUUUACUGUGUCCAUAUCCCCAACUCCCAUGAGUGACCAAAAUGGAAUUUCUCCUUAAGAUAUCAAUAUAAUAUCAAACGGAUAAGUGAUGAGAAUAAAGAAAGCUAUCAAUCAAGGGAUUCCUUGUUGAUCCAAUACCAAAUUCUCAGAACUAACAUCUGAAGGAUAGUAUGGCAGACUUUAUGGAGAAUUACUGAUGAAAUAUUUGGGGUGAAAGGAUAAAUGAGGUCAAAUUCAGAGAUUGGGAAACUUGGAAAGUUUUUUUUUUCUGGGAGAUUUUCUUUUAUGUCGGGGUGUUGAAUUUUAUAAGAUGUUUGUUAGAGCUGAUCUUAAGGAUCUUCAAGUACAGUCAUCAUAGACAUGCUCUGUGCCUAUUCUCUGUUCCUGUUGAGAGAAUGUGGCAGUUUUUCUGAUUCCCAACAUGAAUGCUGAAAUCAAUAAUGCAUUGUUUGUGCAUUGACUUUCAGCUCGGCAAUAAAUUAUCUUUCUUAGUUGCAGGAUAUUUAACUUUAUAGUAGAACAGCAAGUGCAAUGCUACCUUCUAUACCUCUCUAAACUCCAUGUUUCAGCCUUGUUAUUUCCUUUUUACCCCUUCUUUGGUUCACUUAUGUGCCCCACCCCCAUAUCAGCUACCCUUGGUGUCUUCUAUGCUUCUCAAUCCCCAUUGCUUCUCUCCUUGGUCUUGUCUCCAUGGCAGUAUGUUCUUUCUUUCCGUGUAUCAAAAUUCCCUCCUCUUUUAUUCCAGAUUAAUAAUGCUUCAUUGUCCCAAAUUCGAAUUUUAACAUCUUGCUGUAUUUAUGCACAUGGGACAUAUACUGGCUUAAUGGUUGGUUACCCUUGGCUGGGAUAAUCAUGUUGUAUCUUGAAGCAAAACACUUUACUCUCACAGUACAUCCCUCCCUGCCCUGGAGUGUAAAUGACUACUAGUUAAAUAUCUGGGAAACCUGAUUACAUGAUGUAGUUAACCCAGGAAUGAAUUUGGACGCGAUCUUCGCAGUAAUGAACACUACUUAAGCAGUAGAAAAAGUAAAGCCUGAAAAAAAUUCAGGCCUGUACGGAAUUUGAACCCAUGACCUCUGUGAUACCGGUCCAUUGCUCUACCAACUGAGCUAACAAGCCAACUGGGGGCUGGUCAUUAUGUUAGUUCGUAAUAAACCCGUGAAAUGAAAGAGUUACUCAGGGUUGGACAAAGUAUUCCAUUCAGAGGGAGAAUCAAUACCCUUGGUUGUGUCAUACUAUUUUAAAAAAUAAAGUUAUAUGCCAUAACAAAUCGCUCUUUUAUAUUGUUGUUGUAGUUUCAGGAAAAGAUGACAGUCCUUAUUACACCUACCUGGGAGCUGCACCAAAUGUGAAUGUUUUGAGGAAUCUCUUGGAGGAAAGGUAAAGAAAGAAAUAUUGUCAGUCUCUUUUUACAAUAACUCUGAUUUUACGAAAUGUGGCGGGAGACCUUAGUUCAUAAACUCAGAUUCUUCUCUCUUUGUUAACGAACUUUAUUGUAUCCAAGAAGUCACAAUAUUAAGCUGUUAUUUUGAAUUUCAUUUUGCAGGUUUGGCGUCAAAGGAUCUGCUCUGAGAAUUGAAUUGGUGAGUUAAAACUGAAUUUUUUACGAUAUAUUUUCAAAUAGAGAGAACAGGACCAGUUUGCACAUGUAGUGAUGUUUUAUUAAUUUUCAAAUGAAAUUACUUCCUCUGACAACGGUGUAUACCAAAUAAAAGAGGGAUCAAUAUCAGUAUCUGGGCAACGGCCCCCUACCCCUCCCCUAACCCAACAUUCACCCUAACUUGUUAUCAAUUGACUGUUGUUGGGUUAGGGGAGGGGUAGGUGGGCAGUUGCCCAGAUACUGAUAUUGAUCCUAAAAGAGUGUGGUAUGGGUGAAAUAGUUAAAAAACAACAACAAGACGAGUAUACAUGUAGGACGCAGUGCCCAGAUGGUGAGAGCGCUGGACCACAGAUAGCGACUCGAAGACUGAAGCCCCCGUAGGCUCCUGCACCCGGGAGUAUAAAUGUCUAGUGGUAUUGGGAAACCUACCAUGUACUCUUUCGUGGGGCAGAGGGAAAGGUUCAAACUGUCGGUCGCUGUGCACCACUAAAAGUGAGAUGAGCUCAGGCGGUUACUUGCAACAAGACUCAGUGGGGCUUACGCAUAGAUGUAACUUGCAAAGAGUAGCACCAGUGCUGGAAAACAGGCCUCGCGGUUUCCCUAAAAGCGUUAUCAUUCAGAAAUAUCCGCUUAUGUUUGGAAACGGGUAUGUUUUGAGGAGUUUUUGCGACUUUCGUUUACCCGUGAACGACUUAGACGAUCAGCGCUAAUGGAUAUUUAGUCAAACGGUCAGUAGAGUUGUUAAGUUCAUAGACGGAUAAGUUCUCCAUGUCUAAGUACUCUCUAGCGCGGUAAGAUGGAAAAACACAAAAGGAAACCAGAAUAAACAAGGACAGCUGAGGAUGGAGGAGAUUAAAGCAGAUUAAAAAAUAACGAACUUGAGUCAAAUUUAAUGUUGUGAAAAGAUGACCUUCAAACUAUAGGAGUCAUUCACUGGCUAACCCUUUAACUUACAAGAUCUCGUUGGUAAUUCUCUUUACUGUCUGACCUACAAUUCUUAUGAUGUCAAUUUGGAGAGUUUGGUAUUGGAUCAACUCAUAAUCGCCUAAUUGAUAUUUUUCUCUAUUCUCGUCACUUCUAUGCAUGAUAUUGUAUUGAUAUUGUAAGGAGAAAUUCUGUCUUGGUCACGCAUGAGAGUUAUAGGUAGAAUAAAAAACACAAAACAAGCAGAAUUAAAUCAAGAAGGAUUCAGGAUGGCAAGAAUAAACACGAUGAAAACGAACCUGGAAAUGAUCAGGAACUCAAUUUGAAGGAGACCUAAAAAUAUCAGUUCAAUAAGAUUGCAAACACAUAAGAGGAACAAGGAUGGCCAAAGAUGAAGAAGGCUGGAGAGAAACGAUGAACUUAACUAAAAUUUUGUGAUCCGCGAAAGUUACCUUCAUCUUGAAGGAGCGUACAAAAUAUUAGUUGGAUAAGAUAAGAAACAAAGAGGAGACUGUAAUAUUUACCAAGAAGGAAGCUGGAUUGCUGAGGAUGGAGAAGAUUUACACGGAUUGUAGAACGUGAUUGAGUUCUUUUUGAAAACUCGGCGUUUUCAGUGUUCUGUAGUAGUGAAGUAGUUGGGACCAUCUUUAGUGGACGGAAAGUGUUCUGUCUCUCUCAUAUCGUGGUCGUUUGAGCUAGGUGGAUUCAUUAAUUACGGCACACUGGAGUUUUAAUCCUCACAAAAUGAAGCGACUAGAAGCAUAGCUAUUCAUUUUGGACAGAAUUAUCUGCAGUUUACCAUAAGGCCUUGCUUCAGGGUUAACUUUCAGUUCGCCAGUAGAGAAGCCCUGUUAGAGUGAAGUAUCUUUCCAAAGAACACAGUACAGUGACCCAUCCACGUCUCUAAUUGGAACUCCCUAGAUUUGAAGACCAACGCUCUUACCAUUAGACAACCUCGUCUCGCAUUCCAUAAUAAAUAAAUAUAUCUUAUUAGACGUUUUCUUGUGUAGUAUCGCUGAGUAUUUUUCUGAGUGAUGCCGUACUUUGACGAGCCUUACGGGCUCGUCAAAAAUACAAACAGCGAGUAAAAAUGCUCAGCGAUACUAUAAACCAAAACGUCUUAUAAGUUAUUUAUUAUCCAACUGCUUCUGCGUAAGUCUUUCUGUUUAUUUCUCAUAAGGCAAGAAAAGUAAAGCGGGUAGAGAACCGUAGCGCGUGCAGCCGACUGGUUAAACAGUUUUUUUUUCAGUACAAAAUACUCAAGAUUCCUAAUAACCGUAUAAUAUCGCAGGAUAUUUGCACUCUAUUCACGCGUUAUUUGUACUCUACUUUGUGCAGUUGGAUAAUGAUUUGUAGCUUAAGUGAACGUGCAUAUGUACGGGGGAUAAUUUUGAACGUGAGUGCAUGUUCAGGGGGACGUUCACACGCGAGUAUCCACGCUUCCACUCUGUAGAUUUUGUAAAGCAAACAAUAAAGUCGUGUGAUAGGCUGUCUGUUAAUCCUAGACAGUCUGGCGUGAUAAUUUUUUUCAUCACGUAAGCUCUCCCACACGGUUUUUUGUUGACUGAUCAAGUCUUUAGUGGCGUCAGUUUUGCGUUAUCACUUUAAUCUUAAAGAGAGGAAACGUCAAAAUCGAGUCAACUUUCCGGUAACGUUUGAAGCAUUGAGGGUUUUCAGUUAAUCCCAGGCUUACAUCAAGUGGGAUGAAUAUUCAUUAAUCCUUGGUAUCUGUUACCUUUUUGCUUUAGAUUGGUUACACAGGGAAAGAGGGAAAAAAUCAUCUUGGUUGUCCCAUAGCGAGAUGGGUAAGUUUUUCAGUUGUACUAUGUCUUGUAGAAGAUUUAUUGUACCCACGUUCUAUUGUAGCAGAAGAAGAGUACAAUCACGGACUACGUGCCUCAUUUGAGAUAGACAUUCCUAACAUAUCUAUCAUGUUUGUAGCUGGGGUGUUGUAAGGAAUUUGUCCAUCGGAUCAGCUUAGAAAUUAAGCGUUUUAGCACCGUUGUUGGAGAAAACUUCUUGAUGAUGGUAAUGGUAGAAGAGAAGCAAAAUACAAAGCGAAUAAGUGGGCGCCGUUUUAAUUACUAAGACGUUCUCAGUAAAUCCUAAAAGACAGAGUGUCGCUUCUAAUUGCUAGUAAAAUGUCUUAUCUGGUCCUUAAAUGUCUCUGAUGAAAUCCAUCGAGGAGGCAAAAGAAAAGUGUUUACUUUGGGAAAACAAAGAUUUUGCAUCUAUUUGUUUUGUCCUAUAGUUCAAUAAGUUCGUUCUCAAAUACGUCUUCGUACUUUGAGCGGCUCUUUGACUUCGCUAACACGAGAAAUUCAAUGCACAAAGAUCCUUCGGCAAGCGCCGAUUAAUAAUCUUAUGUAAACUUUGUGCUAUCGGCAAAAAUUAAAUUAAUUGUUCCAAAUACUAUAUUCUGUGCCACACCAGUCACGAAAACCCGGUGAACCAUCACCGUUUAAAAGUAUUCUUCAUGCAAUGCAACACCAUAGUACCUCUAAGAAAGGUUGCACCUUCUCACAAAUAGUUACAAACGUACCAAGAACAAAACUGAAAAAGAAAAGAAAGUCUGAGGAACUUGAAAUGUGAAAACGACCUACAAUGGGCAAAAUCGCUCACCAAGCGCCCAAAUAGUUUUUUUUAGAUUGGGUGUCGGAAGCCAAAAUGAUGGCAAAGGCCAAUCAGAAAAACGUGAUUAUUAAGAGUAGCCAAUGAGGACUCAAAUAAAAUCCAUGCCCACGGGGUCCCAUACCCACACGGUUCCAUGCUCACAUGGUCCCAAGCAACGAUUGAUUUAAAUUUUUUUUAUCUGAUUGGUGGAGAAGGUGGUGCGAAUUUUCUGGACCAAUCACAGCGCGUUGUAAAGAAAACUAUGUUAAAAAUUUCUCUUCUUAAAACUGCUGAAAAAAAAAGACGGUGGCGCUUUAGCAGGAGUGAGUUGGGUUUGAGAUCUAGCGUGCUAUCGUACGUGACUUAUUCGUUUUUUGUCACUCAUUUGUCUGCAAGUAGUGUUUUUUAAUGUAUCAUUUUCUUGCAUGGCAUAGGUUAUUCGUCGUUCCAGUGACGAGGAGAAGAUUUUGGUCAUCGCGCGGAAGCGUACUGAUCACGUGUGCGACUCGACAUUGACUGUAGUGAACAUUGUAUUAUGGGAAGGUAUUGCCCAGGAGCGCGCGGAUUAUCUAUAUAAGUCACUUAGCACCAUGCUGCCUCAACAUGGCGUCCCUACGGCAAGAAGAUGUGGAAUCAAUGAGACGUAAGAUGAAAUAUUCUUCUGCCUCUUUUCCGGGUCUCUUGUGUCCCCCUAAAGGCUCCUUCUUCUACUCUACGUGUCUGUUUAUGUAUCUGUCUCUCUCCCCGCCUGUGUUUAUGUCUGUCUGUCAUUUAGCUGUUUAUUGGUGGUGUUUUGUGUGUUUUCUGACGGUAGCCGUCUGUCCGUCUUUCUUUUUUUGUCUGUUUGUGUUAGGUGGUGCGUCUGUGCCUUACUUUUACUCGCACGUCUGUCUGCUUGUCUCUCUAUGUGUCUCUCUACCUGUCUGUUCGUUCACAGACCUACGCACGUCCAUCUGUCUAUGCAUCUUGUGUGUCUGUCUGUUCGUAUACAAAUACUCGCACCUAAAUAUUACCAGUACCUUAAAAAAAAAACUUGAUACUGUAUCCUUUUUGAUGGUAUAAAGUGUUUUUUUCCCUAUGGUUAAUGAUAAGACGAACCUCACCCCUCACAAACUACCUUUCGGAUUAUGGUCUUGCAGUAAAUCAUGUGCCUGUCAGGGGUUGAGCGAGGAGACUUGUGGUGCGUCUUUUUCUUUCGGCUGCUCUUGGAGCAUGUACUUCAAUGGUUGCAAGUUCACUCGCAGUAAAACGCCGAGGAAAUUUAAACUACUUGAUUCUUCUAAGGUGAGUUAUGAAUUCAACAGACUGAAGUAUUUACUCCCUUUUUCCCUGGGAGGACGCACAAAUAAACGACGUAUGAGAAAUGUUCAUUAAAUUCCAUAGCAUAAUUUUUUUAAUUCCACAAACUACACGUUAAGCAGUACCACAUGAAAGAACUGUUCAGUAGCUUUCAUAUGGUCACACUUUAAGGUUUCACUCACAGACUUUAAAAGGUUAUCCGCCUUUUCUUAUCAGCAGCUUUUAUUUGAAUCGACACGCACUAGGGUUUCAGACAGUCUGUAAAGUUUAACCCUUUAUCUCCCAUUGGAUCAACUAAUUACCCCCAAAUUGAUCUCAUUCUUUCUUCUCAUCACUUAUCUGGUUGAUAUUGUAUAGAUAUUGUAAGGAGAAAUUCUGUCUCGGUCACUCAUGGGAGUUUAAGGGUUAAGCCACCUUUUUCAGUCCUGUAGCCUUUAGUAGAAAGGUCACACUCUGAGAUCUUAUCCACAUAAUCGCCCUGCAGAGCGUGAUAAACAGAAACCACAUGAAAGAACUGCCGCGCAGCUUAAAUUAGAAUGGUUAAGAAAGUAGAUCUUUAUCCAAACAACCUUUAUUAAAGAGGUAAGAUUUUAAAUUACCUGUGUUGUGCGUCCGUGGGGAGUUUCUGAGUUGGUGGAGUAAAUUGGCCACCGGAAAGAGAUUCUGAAACCAAAAAAGGUAAAAGCGGACCAGUUUAAGGAUGAUGUUGAUUGAUGUUGAGUGUUGCAACAAUUAAGCGCUACUUUUUUUUUCUACGUUCAAACAGGAAGAGGAGUUGGAUACCAUGAUGCAGACAUUAGCAACAGAUCUGUCCACCGUAUACGAGAAAUACGCACCUCAAGCUUUCCAAAACCAGGUAAUCCUUCUCUCCUUCGACGAAUGUAUGAUUUCUUCACACAGAAUCAAUACAUUGUCAUUCAAGGGUUGGCGAGAAUGUUUAAAUGAUCAACUGAUGGAUUGAGCGUUCUGAUUUUAGGUAAAAGAAGAAAGAGAGGGGCUAGAAUGCCGUAUUGGAAACAAUGAGAGACGGCCCUUUUCUGGUGUCACGUGUUGCGUGGAUUUCUGUGCACAUAGCCACAAGGACUCCAGAAAUAUGGACGGUGGAGCAACCCUGGUAACUAAUCCUGUUUAAUUAGUGUGUGUUCAUCAAAAGUACAUUUAAAAGAGAUGAGGAUGACAUAGGAUAAAGCAGAUUGCAGACGACGAAACGAUAGAAUUUUAUUCAAGGUAGUUCUUCUUAUUCGUUGUUGCUUUUUUUAUUUAUUGCUGCAGGUGUGCUCGCUUCUGAAGCCAGAAGCAAUUUCGUCAGACGAAGAACAACUUCAUGUUUUGCCGUUGUACCGCUUGCUGGACAAGGAUGGUGCGCCUGUGCGACCCAAUUACGUCAUGCCUGCUCAUUUCCUUGAACCUCCUGUGGGUGUCUCCCCAGGCUACUCCACGGUAACAGGACAAGAGAAUUCCCCAAAGGCUAGCAAAGCAGUGAGUAACCACGAUCCACAGCCCAAAGAAGGACGUAAAGAAGUCUUUCAGGAUCUGAACAACAACAACAAAAGCAGUAAUGGACCAUAUGUACCCUUCGAUGGGCAUAGCAUUCCUCACGGACAUGCGCAGUCGAUGCAUGGCUUUCCAAACUCGGUGAUUCACCACCAUGCCUCUUCUAAUCAGAUGAUGAACAACUGUUUUAACGGACACUAUCCCCACCCCCACGGGUCGCCAAUGUUUCAAUUUCACCCGCAUCUUGGUAACAAUUAUGUUCUUAACCAUUGCCGGGCGCCCGAGGUGCACUGGGUAGACGAGAACCGUAUUCCAUAUUUGUAUCGAAAUCCGGGACACUUGAAUCACUUUCACAACUCGAGUAACAACUUCGACAAUUAUGGUAACUACGACACAAAGGUUCCUUUUAUGGGUGGGACCUGGAAUUGUCGAAUGCCUUUCAGUAAGUCGUUUCCAAUGAACAAUGCACCGUCAAAUAGAGGUGUCGAGUACGCCAAACCAAAGACUGUCAUUCAUCACUACAAUGGUGAGGCCACAAGGGGGCCUUCUCAGAUCAAGUGGGUUGAUGACAAAGAAGUACCACUCAUGAGAGCCUCGAGUAGUGUACCCCUGGAUGAAAAUGCCAACAUAAAAGAAGUAGAAAAUCGCAAAGGCAGUGGAAAAGAUGUUGGAAGCUCGGGACAAGCACGGAAACCAUUCCUGAUUGAGGAGAAUAUGGGAGGAGUGGCUAUCGCUCUUACUCAUGGAUCACUUCUAAUCGAGGUAGCCAAGAAAGAACUUCAUGCAACUACGCCUCUCAGGAACCCCCAAAGACAGAAUCCCACUCGGAUUAGCUUGGUGUUUUAUCAGCACAAACACAUGAACCUCACUCUGCAUGGCUUGGGCGAGUGGGAGCAGAAAGUGGCUCGAAAGAAGUUGGAGGGAGAGGUAGCCAGCAUGGAGGUGGAUGGAACUGAGAAGGACGCAUCUGUAGACCUUAAAGAAGAAGAAAGAGAGUUGGGCUAUCUGGACAUGCUUGCGGAAACAGCUCUGUCUAGAGCGGACAUAGAUCCUGGUGUCACAAACAAGCGUAAUUCUAGUGCGGGCCAUUCUUUAGAGCUAGCGUCGGUGAAUACCAGUGUUCUUGCACAAAAUGGCGCGGACAGUCCGCCAGAAGGUGUAAUAAGAGGUCCAAACGACUUAAAUGGUUCGAAGUUUCCUCAACGAAUAGAAGCAGAUGUCCACGGUGCGAAAGAUACCGCGAAAGAAAUUCUAUCUAACUUGUCUUCCACCAAACCAGAGCAACAUAGUCAACUGCGCAACGGAAUUGAGUUUGCUCCCGAACGGCCUCGUCAGGGACAGAUUGGGAUAAAUUCCAUGAGUAUCCCACAGAGUAAUAAGCACCAGAACAAGGAAGUCUCUUCCGACCCGCGGCAGCAAAUCUGGGGAUCUAUGCAUCACGUUCAUCAAAACAACGAAGGGUCCAAAGGUUCGUCAUUUUCUUCUAAUGUGUCUUCACACAUUACAAGUAGAGUAGAACCAAAUAAAGUUCCACCUGUUCAAAACGCCGACAUGAACCACCGAGAGCCAUCGCAGAGCGAAGGACUCAAAAUAUUCUCCUCUUCCAAUGGAAUAAUUCCUGAGAGAAUUGUUAAUUCUGACAACAGAGGAUUAGAUGUUGUGACAGAACCAUCCUCGGCCAAACGGCCAGAGGAACGCCUUAACACCGGUACUAACUUCAGUGUCUCGAGGCUGUUAGGGGAUGACAAUAACAACAGAGGAGAGAAAUCCACCACGGGUUCGUCGUCAUCCUAUAGAAUAAGCAGCAUUCUCGGGGACGAGAAAACAAUCUCCAAUGCACAGGAUGAAAGAGAAGCAGACACGGCUCGUCAAGUCCCUUCGCAUGUUCGGUCAUCUGAGAAGGAUCGUGAUGUCCCUGCGAGGCACCAUUCUGUCUCAGAGCCUACGUUUCAGUCACCCAAUGUCCCUAUGUCGCCAAGGUUCCCAUUUUUGCCUCCAUUUGCUCACUCUGCAGGGAUCAGAGAGAAACUUUCCGCUGGGCCGGAAAGAUCCUACCUUGACCUCUCAAUGGCGGCCAACCGUCUAUUCAACUACAGUCCUUACAAGUUCGGUGUUCCUUUUCCAACAUAUCCAAGUUUUUUCAUGCCUCCCUUUCAUCCACUUAUAACUUCUGGAAAUGGCCUUUCAUCCAACCUUGCUUUAGUUAAUUCGCAGAACUAUAUGUCUUCUUUUAUGGACUCCACUAAACGGAUCGGAGAUAUGAAUGGCAUGUCUCUAGACCCUGCAUCACUGACCACCAUUUCCACCGCAACGCGGACUGGGGUUAGUUAUCCAAUAGACACACUAAUCACUGUGGCACCCUACACACAGACGUGUGUCACAGGGCACUACCAAAAUUGGCUCUGA